GCUCUACACCGCCGUCGUUGGUUCACGUUCCUCUUUCUUUCUUUGUACAGCUGGUGCACUGUUAGCUUCGUUGUUGUCGCCGUUGUUGCCUCUCUCCAUUUCUUUCCAUUUUCUUUCAUAUUAUUACUAUUGUAUCCACAAGGCGGAGCUCCACCACUCUCUCCUCUGCUUCCCGUUGAAGAGCACACACUCGAGUAUUCUCUUUUUCUUUCCUUUGUUUUCUCAUUGCUUUUGUUAUUAUCAUCAUCUUUUGCGUGCGGCUAGGCAAAGCAACAAGAGGGGUUGUGCUCGCCCGUUCCUUUUCAUGUGCAGUGUUCGCGAGCCUACGCUUCCCUUCAGCUUGUUUUGCUUUUCUUAUCGACACACGCGACACCCCGAAGGCGGGCCCCAUCACAGGGAAAAGGAAAAGUAGAUAAACUGCUGUUCGGUGGACUCUCCAUCCAUAGAGCGAAAGCACUGCUCAACGGCGCAUUCCUUUUCACGCUGUAUACAAUUUCCCCGGAUCCUUUCUUCGACCAUCUCGCGCCAUGCCCCUCUACAGCAUCACUAUCUGCCCGCUGAAGCUCAAUGCGUACUUCUGCCGUCCGGGCUCCGUGUACGUCGUGGUGAUGUCCCGCAAGGGACUGGAAAUCGCCACGAACCCUUCCACUUGUAAUGGCGGCAAUGAGGUGGUCUUCUCCGACGUGGACGGCAUCAACACGUCCAAGUCCUUCGAGCUGUCCUUUAACUCACCGAAGGACCGCCGCACGCUGAGCUUUGGCAUCUACGACUUCACGAACCGCAAGAACGCGGCGAAGCUGACCGGGUUUGAGAUCCCACUCGCCGGCAUGUGCAGUGUCCUGGCAGGGGAGUCGAUGUGCGAAAAGAAAGGCAUCUCCUUCCGCGUGUCGGGCCAGCCAGGUCGGUUGGAUGUGGUAUUCCGCAUGCACCCCGUCGGCACCCCCGUCCCACAGCUGCGCAUAACGCAGGCGAAUGAGCCGAUGGCGGGUACGGCGGACACGAACAACGACGCCGGUAGCGCGGCAGGGUACCGUACGUCUGCUGCGGCCGCCUCCCCUGGCAGCGACGCGGGCCUCGGCGCCGCGACCCGCUCCACGCGACUGCCCGAGCAAGCGCUGCAGGCCCUCAUGCGCGAGGGCAUCAUCUCCGACGCCGUGGACGGGAUAGAGAUGGACGUUGACCUGGCAAAUGAGAUCGCUGUUCGAACCGCCGUCCUCUUCCCCAGCCGCGAGGAUCUGGAGCAGCAAAUUCGCACCAUCACGCGUGAAAUCCAAAAGUUGGAGUACGACGCGCAGUACGCGGCAAAGGACAAGGUCGCCGCCGGCUCCGCCGCCUCUGCUGCGCUGCGCAACGAGAUCAACUUCUGGAAGGCGAAGGUGAAGGACAUCGACGAGAAGUCCGCGCACGAGGCCGGCAUCGCACAGAAGCCAGACGAGCCGGAGGCCGCCCCGACAAUUUCAAAAGGCUACAUUGCCGAAGUGGAGGCGCAGCUGGAGGCGAAGCAGAAAGAGAUGCGCAGCCUCGAGGCCCUGCAGAGCCAGCGCGAUGUGACGAAGGACGUGAUUAAGCUGCUGGACCAGAUCGACCACCUGGAGAGCGUGCUGGUGCAGCUGAAGAGUGACGGCAAGGCGCCGGUCAAAAGCAAGGCGGAGGACCACGACAUCGCCGAAGAUGGCGAUCGCUGGGACAAGUUGGCCGCCCAGCUCUACGACACGGAGUCGACGACGGAGCAGCUGAAGCAGACGGUGCUGGCGCUCAACCGCGUGCAGUUCGAGCCAUACCCCGCAGGCAUCGAGGCGGGCUUCAUGUACACCGUCCCCAAGGAGCUCGACUUCGUGAAGAACAAUAAGCGCACCCCGGGCAAUCUGCCGCCGACGGUGGGCAACACCGCUGCCCCACCGCCAGCGGCCACCGCGGCGUCGUCGAAGCCGGCGGGCGGCACCACGACGGGCGACUUCCUCGAUGACCUGUUCGGUGCUCCGGCCCCACAAGCGCCGCAGGUGCAACCGCCGGCCGCCGCCACCGCCUACCCGCCCGAGCCCUUCUCCGGUGCUCCGUAUCAGGCCCCGCACGCGGCGCAGGUCACUCCGGUGUGGGGGACGCCCGCACCAGGGGCAGCGCCAGCCGCACCACCGCAGCCGGCCACGGCGAAGGCCGCAUCGACGCCUGUCCCACCGCAACCAGCAAGCGCAACGAGUACAGCACAGGUGACCGCACCCGCAGCCAAGCCUACACCGGCGAAUCCCCCAAUCGACCCGAUGGACCCGUUUGCGCCGUCGUCGCCGCCGUCGGUGUCUUCGCCAGCGCAGCCGCCGGCGCCGGCCGCUUCACCCGCGAACGGCCCCACGGCGCCCGGCUUCCCUGCGGCGCAGAACAGUGCGCCGUCGCCGUCGCUCGUCGCGAGCGACGUGCUGCCGGAGACGCGGGUCAGCCGCAAGAGUGUGUCGAAGACCGCAGACGACGUGCCCAGUUCGCCGCCUGCUCCGGCCAGCCCCCCGACGAGCGCACCGCAGCCGCCGGUGAAGCCGUCGCCGUUGCCGUCGCCGUCGCAGCAGCAGCCUUAUGACCAGCAGCAGCAACAACCCCAACAGCCACAGCAGGCCACUCAACAUGCGUACGGGCAACAACAGCAGCAACAAGGACCACCACAGCAGCAACCUUACGGCCAGCAACAGCAGCUUUCUCAGCAGCAGCAGCAGCCUCAUGGCCAGCAGCAGCAACAAGGUCCGCAACAGCAACAGCAGCAGCAGCCCUCUCAACGUGUGUAUGGCCAACAACAGCAGACUCCACCACAGCAACCGUACGGCCAGCAACAGCAGCAGCAGCCAUACGGUCAACAGAAUCCUCAGCAGCCGUCUUAUGGACAACAGCAGCAGCCACAGCCGCAACAGCAGCAGCAGGCUUACCCGCAGGUGCAGCAGGGGCCUCCGCCUCCGCGAUUCGAGCGUCGCCCACCGUCGCUGGAGGAGAUACCGUACACCGGCUUCCAAGGUGUGCCGCUGCUAGCCCGUGGCUGCCCCAUUGACAUCUACCUCGACGGCAAGAACCCAACGCGUGGGACGGAGUUGACGUUCAUCAACAACGCCGAUUACCAGCUCAUGAUCGGUGGUGUGGAACUGAAGCAGGAGGAUAUGUUCUCGUCCGACCCGAACAGCGCAAAGACCAUUCCGACGCAGCGCUGGCCACAGCAGUUCUGGGUGCCCGGCGCAGGCACUCGUCAGAGCUGCGUCAUCGCCCUCCACCCCUCGUACACCCGCGGGUCAUCGAUCAUGGCGCUUGUGAUUGUGUACAUCUUCCACGAGGGCCGCUACAUUCCAUUUUCGGCUCGGUUCACCAUUUAG